AUGUCUCGCGUCAGCACUUGCCGGCACAGCUCCUGCAGGUCGUCUGGCUGUGUGGAGACGGCGGGAUGGAAGGUGACUGAUGCCAUGUGCAUGCCAUCGCCCUCUCCUGAUGGCUGGUGGGGGGAUAACGAGGAGAAUGUACAUGGGAGAAUGGAUGGGGGAGAAUGGAUGGGGGAGAAUGGAUGGGGGAGAAUGGAUGGGGGAGAAUGGAUGGGGGAGAAUGGGGGAGAAUGGAUGGGGGAGAAUGGAUGGGGGAGAAUGGGGGAGAAUGGAUGGGGGAGAAUGGAUGGGGGAGAAUGGAUGGGGGAGAAUGGAUGGGGGAGAAUGGAUGGGGGAGAAUGGAUGGGGGAGAAUGGAUGGGGGAGAAUGGAUGGGGGAGAAUGGAUGGGGGAGAAUGGAUGGGGGAGAAUGGGGGAGAAUGGAUGGGGGAGAAUGGAUGGGGGAGAAUGGGGGAGAAUGGAUGGGGGAGAAUGGAUGGGGGAGAAUGGAUGGGGGAGAAUGGAUGGGGGAGAAUGGAUGGGGGAGAAUGGAUGGGGGAGAAUGGGGGAGAAUGGAUGGGGGAGAAUGGAUGGGGGAGAAUGGGGGAGAAUGGAUGGGGGAGAAUGGAUGGGGGAGAAUGGAUGGGGGAGAAUGGAUGGGGGAGAAUGGAUGGGGGAGAAUGGAUGGGGGAGAAUGGGGGGAGAAUGGAUGGGGGAGAAUGGAUGGGGGAGAAUGGAUGGGGGAGAAUGGAUGGGGAGAAUGGAUGGGGGAGAAUGGAUGGGGGAGAAUGGGGGAGAAUGGAUGGGGGAGAAUGGAUGGGGGAGAAUGGAUGGGGAGAAUGGAUGGGGGAGAAUGGAUGGGGGAGAAUGGAUGGGGGAGAAUGAUGGGGAGAAUGGAUGGGGGAGAAUGGAUGGGGGAGAAUGGGGGAGAAUGGAUGGGGGAGAAUGGAUGGGGGAGAAUGGAUGGGGAGAAUGGAUGGGGGAGAAUGGAUGGGGAGAAUGGAUGGGGGAGAAUGGAUGGGGGAGAAUGGAUGGGGGAGAAUGGAUGGGGGAGAAUGGGGGGAGAAUGGAUGGGGGAGAAUGGAUGGGGGAGAAUGGAUGGGGGAGAAUGGGGGAGAAUGGAUGGGGGAGAAUGGAUGGGGGAGAAUGGAUGGGGGAGAAUGGAUGGGGAGAAUGGAUGGGGGAGAAUGGAUGGGGGAGAAUGGAUGGGGGAGAAUGGAUGGGGGAGAAUGGAUGGGGGAGAAUGGAUGGGGGAGAAUGGAUGGGGGAGAAUGGAUGGGGGAGAAUGGAUGGGGGAGAAUGGAUGGGGGAGAAUGGAUGGGGGAGAAUGGAUGGGGGAGAAUGGAUGGGGAGAAUGGAUGGGGGAGAAUGGAUGGGGGAGAAUGGAUGGGGGAGAAUGGAUGGGGGAGAAUGGAUGGGGGAGAAUGGAUGGGGGAGAAUGGAUGGGGGAGAAUGGAUGGGGGAGAAUGGAUGGGGGAGAAUGGAUGGGGGAGAAUGGAUGGGGGAGAAUGGAUGGGGGAGAAUGGAUGGGGGAGAAUGGAUGGGGGAGAAUGGAUGGGGGAGAAUGGAUGGGGGAGAAUGGAUGGGGGAGAAUGGAUGGGGGAGAAUGGAUGGGGGAGAAUGGAUGGGGGAGAAUGGAUGGGGGAGAAUGGAUGGGGGAGAAUGGAUGGGGGAGAAUGGAUGGGGGAGAAUGGAUGGGGGAGAAUGGAUGGGGGAGAAUGGAUGGGGGAGAAUGGAUGGGGGAGAAUGGAUGGGGGAGAAUGGAUGGGGGAGAAUGGAUGGGGGAGAAUGGAUGGGGGAGAAUGGAUGGGGGAGAAUGGAUGGGGGAGAAUGGAUGGGGGAGAAUGGAUGGGGGAGAAUGGAUGGGGGAGAAUGGAUGGGGGAGAAUGGAUGGGGGAGAAUGGAUGGGGGAGAAUGGAUGGGGGAGAAUGGAUGGGGGAGAAUGGAUGGGGGAGAAUGGAUGGGGGAGAAUGGAUGGGGGAGAAUGGAUGGGGGAGAAUGGAUGGGGGAGAAUGGAUGGGGGAGAAUGGAUGGGGGAGAAUGGAUGGGGGAGAAUGGAUGGGGGAGAAUGGAUGGGGGAGAAUGGAUGGGGGAGAAUGGAUGGGGGAGAAUGGAUGGGGGAGAAUGGAUGGGGGAGAAUGGAUGGGGGAGAAUGGAUGGGGGAGAAUGGAUGGGGGAGAAUGGAUGGGGGAGAAUGGAUGGGGGAGAAUGGAUGGGGGAGAAUGGGGGAGAAUGGGGGGGAGAAUGGGGGAGAAUGGGGGAGAAUGGGGGAGAAUGGAUGGGGGAGAAUGGAUGGGGGAGAAUGGAUGGGGGAGAAUGGAUGGGGGAGAAUGGAUGGGGGAGAAUGGAUGGGGGAGAAUGGAUGGGGGAGAAUGGAUGGGGGAGAAUGGAUGGGGGAGAAUGGAUGGGGGAGAAUGGAUGGGGGAGAAUGGAUGGGGGAGAAUGGAUGGGGGAGAAUGGAUGGGGGAGAAUGGAUGGGGGAGAAUGGAUGGGGGAGAAUGGAUGGGGGAGAAUGGAUGGGGGAGAAUGGAUGGGGGAGAAUGGAUGGGGGAGAAUGGAUGGGGGAGAAUGGAUGGGGGAGAAUGGAUGGGGGAGAAUGGAUGGGGGAGAAUGGAUGGGGGAGAAUGGAUGGGGGAGAAUGGAUGGGGGAGAAUGGAUGGGGGAGAAUGGAUGGGGGAGAAUGGAUGGGGGAGAAUGGAUGGGGGAGAAUGGAUGGGGGAGAAUGGAUGGGGGAGAAUGGAUGGGGGAGAAUGGAUGGGGGAGAAUGGAUGGGGGAGAAUGGAUGGGGGAGAAUGGAUGGGGGAGAAUGGAUGGGGGAGAAUGGAUGGGGGAGAAUGGAUGGGGGAGAAUGGAUGGGGGAGAAUGGAUGGGGGAGAAUGGAUGGGGGAGAAUGGAUGGGGGAGAAUGGAUGGGGAGAAUGGAUGGGGGAGAAUGGAUGGGGGAGAAUGGAUGGGGGAGAAUGGAUGGGGGAGAAUGGAUGGGGGAGAAUGGAUGGGGGAGAAUGGAUGGGGGAGAAUGGAUGGGGGAGAAUGGAUGGGGGAGAAUGGAUGGGGGAGAAUGGAUGGGGGAGAAUGGAUGGGGGAGAAUGGAUGGGGGAGAAUGGAUGGGGGAGAAUGGAUGGGGGAGAAUGGAUGGGGGAGAAUGGAUGGGGGAGAAUGGAUGGGGGAGAAUGGAUGGGGGAGAAUGGAUGGGGGAGAAUGGAUGGGGGAGAAUGGAUGGGGGAGAAUGGAUGGGGGAGAAUGGAUGGGGGAGAAUGGAUGGGGGAGAAUGGAUGGGGGAGAAUGGAUGGGGGAGAAUGGAUGGGGGAGAAUGGAUGGGGGAGAAUGGAUGGGGAGAAUGGGGGAGAAUGGGGGGAGAAUGGGGGAGAAUGGGGGAGAAUGGGGGAGAAUGGGGGAGAAUGGGGGAGAAUGGGGGAGAAUGGGGGAGAAUGGGGGAGAAUGGGGGAGAAUGGAUGGGGGAGAAUGGAUGGGGGAGAAUGGAUGGGGGAGAAUGGAUGGGGGAGAAUGGAUGGGGGAGAAUGGAUGGGGGAGAAUGGAUGGGGGAGAAUGGAUGGGGGAGAAUGGAUGGGGGAGAAUGGAUGGGGGAGAAUGGAUGGGGGAGAAUGGAUGGGGGAGAAUGGAUGGGGGAGAAUGGAUGGGGGAGAAUGGAUGGGGGAGAAUGGAUGGGGGAGAAUGGAUGGGGGAGAAUGGAUGGGGGAGAAUGGAUGGGGGAGAAUGGAUGGGGGAGAAUGGGGGAGAAUGGGGGAGAAUGGGGGAGAAUGGGGGAGAAUGGGGGAGAAUGGGGGAGAAUGGGGGAGAAUGGGGGAGAAUGGGGGAGAAUGGGGGAGAAUGGGGGAGAAUGGGGGAGAAUGGGGGAGAAUGGGGGAGAAGAAUGGGGGAGAAUGGGGGAGAAUGGGGGAGAAUGGGGGAGAAUGGGGGAGAAUGGGGGAGAAUGGGGGAGAAUGGGGGAGAAUGGGGGAGAAUGGGGGAGAAUGGGGGAGAAUGGGGGAGAAUGGGGGAGAAUGGGGGAGAAUGGGGGAGAAUGGGGGAGAAUGGGGGAGAAUGGGGGAGAAUGGGGGAGAAUGGGGGGGAAUUAG